CAAUAUAGUCCAUAAGUUGUUCUAGGGUUUUCACGGUUUCGGUAUCCAUAUUUUCUUCUUGAUCUCGUGAUUCAUCUGCAUCUGCCCCUUUUCCACUAAUCCGGGCAAGGUAUGAAUCGUAUCUUCUAUUCUAUCAUUCAUAUAAGCUUUAUUUGCAGAUUAACUUAUCAACAGUAUGCCCUUAAAACUUCCUGUUCGACCUCAAAAUUCAUCUGCAUCUUCCCCUUUUCCACUAAGCCAGGUAAGGUAUGGAUCAUAUAUUAUUCUUUUCUAUCAUUUAUGCUUUAUUUUUGGAUUUACUUCUCAACAUUAUGCCCUUAAAACUUCUCGUUCGAACUCUGCUUUGUUUAUCUCUGAUUUUUUUUCAUUUCUUAAUUUUCCUGGUGCUUUCUUAGAAUUAUAUGCUAUUUGGGGUCGUCUCUUGUGGAUUGUGAUUCUCUUUAAUCAUUUGUGGAUUGGUGUUUUAGAGUUGCUUAAAAAAAAUCAAAGGUCGUAUAUCAAAGUCUCUUUCUUUGUUUAUCUUCUUUACUGAAGCCUUGCUUUUGCUCUACAUUUUAAUAGGUUUCUGUAGUAAUCUUCCAUUGCUAAAUCUAGAUUCUAGAAGACUGAGCACAACAAUAGGUCUAACCAUAUGUUAAUUCUGCACAAGAGGUGCUCGAAGAAAGCUCUGAACUAGACAAACAGGAGUAAUCUUAAGGAUGACAGAUUGUGAUGUCGAAGCAUUACAGAAGGAAGUGGAUGCUCAUGUAUUAUUUCCGCCAGAAUCAGAUUUUUCCAAGGUGUGUUCUUGUGACGAAUGUUCUGCGAAGGUGAAAGUUCUUAAGGAAUUUGAGGCAGAUUUACGGGAUAAGCAGAAUCGUGUCUUGGAACUUAUAGACCAACAGGACCCAGAUCUUAUGAACUGUAUAGCCCUUGGUGCUGCCUCUUAUUGGACGAGAAGCCUGUUGGAUCGUCUUCAUCGUGAGCUUGAACUACUAUACGAGAAGUCAGGAGCCUCAAGGACGCUCAAAAGAAGUAAAUCUGAACAGGAGCUGAUAGAUGUAUCUUUUCAAAUCAGUAAUAUGCUAAUAGAUAAUAAGCUGUUAGAUAAAAUUGACCCUGUGGAGAUAAGUGGGGCCAAGUAUUCUGAUGAUCGUCCUCUUGCUUGGGAAAUAAAGAGUGGGUAUGUCUGGUAUGGGGAUACCAGAUUUAAGAAUGCUGCUUUCGAAAUUAUUAAGAAGAUUGAAGAGAUCGAAAACCAUCAUGAGAAUGACAAGAAAUCUGCUCAAGAAGAAGAAAGAUCUCUGGACCCUUCAAUAUCUAAGAAGCACAUAGAUGACCAAAUAAUGCUUUUAAAGAAGCUGCCUGUUGGUCAACUGCACCAUGAUUGUCAAAAGUUUGUUCCAAAAGUUGCUCGGGCUUUAAAAGCAGACAAUGAUAUCAAUUCCAUUUAUCGUAUUAUGAUUAUAAUUAGGAGGCUCUUUUGGAAGAAAUAUCAAAUGAUUGAUUCCUCCACAAGCAACACCAAUGAACAGAGCCACAGUUGGAGUGGGUUGAAAUUAACUCUCGAGUUAUUGGCGGAGCAGGCUAAUUCGUUUCGAGAGUUAUGGGAUAAAGAGUAUGACCAACACUUUGGCCCAUAUGAAGGAUCAGACUCCAAAAAGCAGAAGACGAACCACCGAGUAAGAGCCUGGUGGAAGAAUGCAUGAUGCACGGUUUGAAAAGCAUGUUUUAGGUCUCAAUGCAUUCUUCUUUAUUAUGAAUAUGAUGUGAGGUGCAAGAGUCUGGCCAUACAGAACCUAUCCAUCAAAAACUACAAGUAUGAUGUUGUAAAUUAUUAAGAAAACAAAGCAGUUAUAACUUAUAAAUAUAAAAUUUACUCGGUAUAAAAUACUUAUCCAAUAAACUGUGUUUAGGACUUGAUGGUUUCCGAGUAACUCGGCCAGUCAAACUAUGUAUACUGAGUUCUUCAUCUAUAAUAGAGAUGACAUUUUCCC